GUCCUCGCACCGGAGUCCUACGAGACACAGGUCUACCAGCCGGACUUCACUGUGCAGACCGAGUACUGCGGGUUCAUCAACUACGGCGACCGUGUUGUGCUCUCCUUGAAUCCGGAUAUCUUCGAUUCCACCUGCGGGCAGUAUGGCUGUGCAGUUGGCUAUGUUGACACGCUCGACCACGGGAGAAUGAAAUUUGCAGAGGGUGGAGACGAACCGGAUGCUUUCUAUGUCUACGGCACAGAGCAGGUGAAACCCGGUGAGUGCGCAAAGUUCGGCGAUGAAGUAGUGCUAUCCUGGAGCGAAGCCUCUAGUGAGGGCUGCGUUCCGGGGUCGCUCUCGCACUGUGUGGAGCCGGACAAUUGCGAGGUCUUUUCCAACGAGAACAUGAAGGAUGACAGCCUGACUUUCGCGCAGCGCCGAGCUCUCUGCGCAACGGCUUGCUUCGGAAACCUGCGGGGCCUUGCCCUGGACUUCAGCGCAGAUGGCACCUGUCGCUGUUCCCGCGAUGCAGAGCUGCCCCAGGCCUCCGC